CAUUCAGGAAGUUUAGAGCUGGACCGGAGUUCCAAAUUUAUUCUCACUUGAACGCGUCCGUUGAACGUCGACCCCGUCAUAGGCAUUAAAAUUACACCUCUACCAUGGCUUCUUUCGAGGAUUACGAUGAGUUUGGAAACUAUAUUGGCGCGGACUUGGGCUCGGAUGAAGAGGAGGAAGAAGCUCUGCAACAGGACUUUCGUCAGGUACCCCAACAGCAGUCCGCGACAUUGGAGGGAUACGAUGACGAGCCUAUGCCGCCUGCGGAGGGUGCACUGAUGGAGAUCGAUGAGCCCGUCCAUAAUGCUGUUGUUCUGCAUGAGGACAAGCAAUACUAUCCAUCAGCAGAGGAUGUUUACGGUCCAGACGUAGAGACUCUUGUCCAGGAAGAAGAUGCUCAACCGCUUUCCGAACCCAUUGUUGCUCCUAUCAAAGUGCGGAAAUGGACGGUGGAGGAGAAGGACAUGCCACAGACGCGAUUUGACAAGGGUUUUUUGCUGAAUAUGAUGUCAUUCCCGGAGAUGAUUCGCAACGUCGCUGUGGUGGGCCACUUGCAUCACGGAAAGACCGCGCUCAUGGAUAUGCUGGUUUUUGAGACGCAUAAACUCGCAUGGGAUGCGGAUAAACCGACAAGAUAUACGGAUAUUCAUGUUUUGUCGCGAGAACGAGAAAUUUCUAUCAAGUCUUCGCCGAUGUCUCUCGUCCUAUCCACGACAAGUGGCAAGUCACAUCUGGUGCACCUCGUUGAUACUCCAGGACACGUGAAUUUUGUUGACGAAGUUGCUUCUGCAAUGCGUCUUGUUGAUGGAAUACUACUGGUUGUAGAUGUUGUUGAAGGUAUGAUGGUCAAUACCGAAGCAAUCCUUCGACAUGCUCUGCAAGAGGGCAUCAAAAUCACCCUUGUUGUGAACAAAAUCGACAGGCUUAUCCUCGAAUUACGUAUCAAGCCUGCAGACGCCUAUUACAAAAUCAAGCAUACAAUUGAAGAAAUCAAUACCUUUAUCAGUGGUAUUGAUCCAGACCCGGAACUACGACUCAGUCCUGAAAAUGGAAAUGUCGUGUUCGCCAGCACCGAUAUGAGUUGGUGCUUCACUCUUCGUUCCUUCGCCCAAAUGUAUGCGGACACUUUUGGUUCCCUUGACGUUACAGCAUUCGCCGACCGCCUUUGGGGCGAUAUAUACUUUAAUGCAGAGACACGGAAGUUCACCAGGAAAGCUGCGGACCCCGAGCAAUCCCGCACAUUCGUGCACUUCAUCCUUGAUCCCCUGUAUAAGCUCUACAGUCACGUGCUGAGCGAGGACACGGAAGACCUGAAAAGUACCCUUGCAUCGUUGAACAUAUCUCUAAAGCCAGUGAUGUACAAGAUGGAUGUGAGGCCUCUGCUGAAGGCUAUUUUGGACCAGUUCUUUGGACCUGCCACUGGACUAGUUGACAUGAUUGUGGAGCAUAUUCCGUCACCUUUGCAAGGAGCAGCCAGCAAGGUCGAGCGGACAUACACUGGCUCACAAAUGUCUGAUAUCGCUGUGGCAAUGAAAGCUUGCGAUACUGAAGCGCCCGUAAUGGUCCAAAUCUCGAAGUUGUAUCAUACAACAGAUGCCCAGUCAUUUAGGGCCUUCGGUCGCGUCAUGAGUGGCACCCUUAGGAAGGGCACACCGAUCAAAGUACUUGGUGAGGGAUACUCACCAGAAGACGAGGAAGACAUGGCGAGGGCUACCGUGGAAGACAUAUGGAUAAGCGAAGCUCGAUACUUCAUCCCGGCCGACGAGGUUCCCGCAGGCAACCUCGUCCUUAUUGCAGGAGUCGACGCGUCCAUUUCCAAGACCGCCACUCUCGCUGACCCAUCCAUCGACGACGAUCUCUACAUUUUCCGGCCUAUUAAGCACAUGACAGAGUCAGUGCUUAAAAUUGCCAUUGAACCAAUAGCGCCGUCUGAGCUACCCAAGAUGUUGUCUGGCCUACGAAGCAUCAACAAGAGCUACCCUCUCGCUGCCACGAAAGUUGAGGAAAGUGGUGAACAUGUGCUCAUCGGUACAGGCGAAUUGUAUCUGGACUGUGUCAUGCAUGACCUUCGGAGGCUAUUUGCUGAGAUCGAGAUCAAGGUGUCGGAUCCAGUCACCAAAUUCUGUGAAACUGUAUUGGAGACGAGUGCACUAAAAUGCUAUGCGGACACGCCAAAUAAGAAGAACAAACUUACCAUGAUCGCGGAGCCUUUGGAAAGAGGUAUUGCCGAAGAUAUUGAACGGGGGAGGGUCACCAUGCGGAUGACCCCGAAGGAACGCGGUACAUUCUUUCAGGAUAAAUACCAGUGGGAUUUGUUGGCAUCAAGGUCAAUAUGGGCGUUCGGUCCCGACGAUAGCGGGCCGAACAUUUUGCUCGAUGAUACCUUACCCUCUCAGGUUGAUAAAAAAUUGCUUGGAACUGUGAAGGAACAUAUCAAGCAAGGCUUCCAGUGGGGAGCUCGCGAGGGUCCUUUGUGCGAUGAACCUAUGCGUAAUGUGAAGUUCCGGAUACUGGAUGCAAGCCUAGCUCAAGAGCCAAUCUUCCGUGGUGGUGGACAGAUUGUCCCUACUGCGCGUCGUGUGUGCUACUCAUCGUUUUUGAUGGCCACGCCACGCCUCAUGGAGCCGAUUUACUACGUUGAAGUGCAGGCACCAGCUGACUGUAUAUCAGCUGUAUACACUGUUCUAGCCCGACGCCGGGGGCAUGUUACGCAAGACAUCCCCAAGGCCGGCUCGCCGUUAUAUACGGUUAAAGCCUUGAUUCCUGUGAUAGACGCGAAUGGGUUCGAGGCCGACCUUCGAACUGCCACGCAAGGUCAGGCGUUCUGCUUGCAGGUGUUCGAUCACUGGUCGAUAGUUCCUGGUGAUCCUACUGACACGAGCAUCAAACUUCGGCCAUUAGAGCCUGCAUCAGGACAAGCAUUAGCUCGGGAUCUCGUAUUGAAGACGCGGCGGCGCAAGGGUCUGGGUGAUCAGAUUGCUGUGUCCAAGUACUUGGAUGAUGAGUUUGUGUUGGCGCUAUCUGCGUCUGGGCAUGCUGAUCUACUUGGUUGGCCACAUUUCAUACCGUCAUCGCUCGUUUUCGAUUUUCUACUGUCUCUGGUCCUUCGUAUUCUUAAAAUGCGAAGCGUAGCGCUUUCCGUUAUCCUCGUUGUCGCUGCUGCAAGCGCGUCAGCGUCAGAGGACUCCAAACCUGUAUUCAAGGCAACAGAGAUUCAAGCUCCUUUCAUUGAGCAAUUCACUGACGACUAUUCUGAACGCUGGACACCUUCGGAGGCAACCAAGAAGACACCAGUCGGCGGUGAGAUAUUCUCCUACGUCGGUAAAUGGGAGGUCGAGGAACCCGAGACACCCCUCAUUGAGGGCGAGAAGGGCCUCGUCGCCAAGUCCAAGGCUGCUCACCACGCUAUCUCUGCACCUUUUGCCACCCCUGUCGACUUCAAAGACAAGCCCCUCGUCGUUCAGUACGAGGUCAAGUACCAGAAGGGCGGGAACUGUGGUGGUGGUUACAUUAAACUUCUUGAGGAUGGCUUCCAGACCAGCGGGAAGGAAUUCUCAGAUACCACCCCUUGGGUUGUGAUGUUCGGACCUGACAACACUUGCCCUGGCACCAAGCUGCACUUCAUCUUCCGCCAUCAGAACCCGGUCACUGGUGAAUUCGAGGAGAAGCACCUUUCUUCGCCUCCGAAACCCACCUUUGGCAAGAACACUAACCUUUACACCCUCAUUGUCAACCCUGAUAACACGUAUGACGUACUCUUCAACGGAGAAAGUCAGAGCUCGGGCAGCCUUCUUGAGGAAUUCACUCCCCCUGUCAACCCUGCGAAGGAGAUUGACGACCCCGAAGAUAAGAAGCCUGAAGACUGGGUUAACGAGAAGAGGAUUAGUGACCCCGACGCUGUAAAGCCCGCGGACUGGGAUGAGACUGAGCCUUACGAGAUUUUGGAUGAGGAUGCUGUGAAGCCCGAGGGUUGGUUGGACGACGCACCCGCGAACAUUCCUGAUCCGGAUGCCGACAAGCCUGAAGAGUGGGACGACGAGGAAGAUGGUGACUGGAUCGCGCCCACAGUCCCCAACCCGGCUUGUGAUGAGGCUCCUGGAUGCGGUGAAUGGAAACGCCCCUACAAGGCCAACCCUGCAUACAAGGGCAAGUGGUACGCGCCUAUGAUCGAUAACCCUGCCUACAUCGGCGAGUGGGCCCCGCGCAAGAUCCCCAACCCUGACUUCUUUGAGGAUCUAGAGCCAGUCAAGCACCUAAACAAUAUCGGGGGUGUUGGUAUCGAACUUUGGACCAUGACUGAGGACAUCCUGUUCAACAACAUCUACGUCGGUCACUCCAUUGACGACGCGAAGUCUCUGGCCGCCGAGACCUACGAGGUCAAGAAGCACCUUGAGGCAGCUCUCUCUGCUCAGAAGGACGUCGAUGAUGAAGGCGACUACUACAUCCCUCCCUUCUUGGAGGAUCCUAUCUCCCAUAUCCGUGGUAAAAUUGCUCAGUUCCUUGACGCUGCUCGGGAGGACCCCUUAUCAGCCAUCAAAGCCCACCCGGAAACAGGUGUUGGUCUCGCUGGUGUUGUCUUCACUCUUUUCGGGAUGCUUGCUGCUCUAUUCGGCGUGAUUGGCUCGCAGCAAACAAAACCUGUUGCCAAGGCAAAGAAAACGGACACUUCUACCCCCGAUGACAAACAAAAGACUGACAGCACGCCCGUUGCGCCUGCAGGAGGCGAGAAGAAGGACGCAGGCCCUGCCAAGAAACGCAAGUAGAAGCAUUGAGAUCGUUCUCGCGUAAGCGUACGAAGGGUCGCGAGGAUAUGCGUGCCCAGCGGCUACCACUAUAAUUUACUAGUAUUGAUUUUGUUCAUCGUUUGCCUGCUCGGGCCCGGGGAAGUAAAAUGUAUGGACUGCCAUAUUAUUGUAAAGUUGACGCUCGUCUUCAUUCAUGAAGACCAAUGUCACGAUAGUACGUGGUAUCCGAGUACGAGGACAGUGAGGUUAUUUUUGGAAUGUCAAAGUUCAGACGCAGCA